AUGACAACCUCCUCAGAAGCAUACUCAACCAGAUGCGUCUACUCCGCCUCCACAUCACAAAGCUCCGAGUCCCGGCCCUUGUCUCCACAUCCGGAGCGCCCCGCCAGUGCCAGAGACGGCGACAAAGGAGCCUUCUCGCACUUUCACUACUCCAAGGCCCCAAUUCCUCCUACCUCCAAAGAAGACCCCCUCGCCAAGGAACUUGGGGCUGAAUGGGAAAAGGGUGCGCAACUAUCGCAUCGCUUGGAGCACAACGUCCCCAAGACGAACUAG